UCUACAUCAACAACAUCAAUGACAAGAUUAAGAAAGAAGAACUGAAGAGGUCCCUGUAUGCACUAUUCUCACAGUUUGGUCAUGUGGUGGACAUUGUGGCUUUAAAGACUAUGAAGAUGAGAGGACAGGCGUUUGUUAUAUUUAAAGAACUUGGAUCAUCUACCAAUGCUUUGAGACAACUACAAGGCUUUCCGUUUUAUGGGAAACCAAUGCGUAUUCAGUAUGCAAAAACAGACUCUGAUAUCAUCUCUAAAAUGCGUGGUACUUUUGCUGAUAAGGAAAAAAGGAAGGAGAAGAAGAAGGCCAAAUCUCUGGAGCAGUCAGCAAAUGCGGCAAAUAAAAAGGUUAUCCAGGGAGCAACACAAAAUUCAGCCAAUGCCCCAGGGACUGCAGCACAGAACCAGCAGGUGCCUGAUAACCCACCGAACUAUAUCCUUUUCCUUAAUAACUUGCCUGAGGAAACGAAUGAGAUGAUGCUGUCCAUGUUAUUCAAUCAGUUUCCUGGCUUCAAAGAAGUACGCUUAGUGCCUGGACGCCACGACAUUGCAUUUGUGGAGUUUGAAAAUGAGAAUCAAGCAGGAGCUGCUCGAGAUGCUCUCCAGGGAUUCAAGAUUACUCCAUCUCAUGCCAUGAAAAUCACUUAUGCGAAGAAAUAACCGGAUGCUCCUAUGCAGGACUUCUGUGGAUAGUUGUUCAGGUUUUUUAAUACGAUGAUACUUUGAUCAGCUAGCAUGUUUGCUGUUCUCUGCAGAAAACUUAAGACUUGUGUAAAACUGCCACAACGGCCAGGACAGAUGUAGGAUUUCCACGGAUCUACUGGAUAGUAAAUUUUUGUGUUGAAAUACUGAUUUUUAUAAAAUAAAUUCAGUUUAUGCUGAUUUC